AUGGAGACAGUACGAAUUGGAAUUGCCGAGAUGACGCACUCUGUGACUUGGCUGAAGUUCCAUGACCAUAAGGGUGCAUGGUGUUCGGAAGUCGAAGCAAGAGCGAAUCAGGACGAGGCACAAAUCUCCCAACACGCCAUGGCUGGCAAAACUUCAUUCAACAUUGAGAUCACGUCGUCGCAAAAUCAAGUCGCUGUGCCGUCCCUGUAA